GGGAGACAGCAGCGUGGGCGGCUGGCAGACCAGCAGAGAGGAAAGAAACUGGGAGAGGGAGGAAGAGAAAGUGAGAGGGGGAAUCAGAGAGGAGGAAACAGCAGACGUGGAGGGACAGAGAGCAAGAGGACGAGACUGAGUGUGAGGGAGAGAAGGAGACAGACUCCAGAAGAGACUCUUGAGUCCAAGGGAGGAGGUUUGGACAGAAAUAGACUGGGAACGUGCUAUGGAGGAGAGAGAAUGAGUGUGAGACACUGGAAACGACAGACAGGAGAGCUGGAAAGGUGAGCCUGGGGCCAGAGAUCAUCUAAACGCAAGAAGAAGAGAGACCACCAGAGACUAGAAAGACAAAAACUGUGGCUAUGAGAGGCAGCCCUUAAGGGACACAGAGAGAGGGAGACUGGCUGUCACUGGCCUGCUGUCCCCUGUGAUCAGGACCCCAGAACUGCCCUUGAUGGAGGAGGCUCGACCUCGGAGCAGCCUCAGCCUGGCCAGCAGCGCCUCUACCCUCUCCUCCAUCAGCAACCUGAGCACCAAGAAACCCACCCGGGCCGUGAGCAAGGUGCAUGCCUUCGGGAAGAGGGGCAAUGCGCUCAGAAGGGACCCCAACCUCCCAGUGCACAUCCGAGGCUGGCUUCAUAAGCAGGACAGCGCUGGGCUCCGGCUCUGGAAACGCCGCUGGUUCGUUCUCUCUGGCCAUUGCCUCUUCUACUACAAGGACAGCCGCGAAGAGAGCGUCCUGGGCAGCGUCCUGCUCCCCAGCUACAGCAUCAGACCAGAUGGGCCCGGAGCCCCUCGAGGUCGGCGUUUCACCUUCACUGCAGAGCACCCGGGCAUGCGGACCUACGUCCUGGCUGCGGACACGCUGGAGGACCUGCGGGGCUGGCUGCGGGCCCUGGGCCGCGCCUCCCGCGCGGAGGGGGACGAUUGUGGGCGGCCCAGGUCACCUGUGCGUCCCCAGCCGGGGGAAGGCCCUGGGGGCCCCGGUGGCCCCCCAGAGGGGAGAAGAAGGGACGAGGGGCGCCGUUCAGAAUCACCAGAAGUAGCUCGGCUCUCCAGGGGUCGUGGCAGAACCGGACUACUCGCCCCCAGCCCCACAAUCGACCUCCACUCUGGAUCCCGCAUCCGGAGGUCGAGGAGCCCGGACCUGUUCACACCGCUCUCUCGCCCACCCUCCCCUCUGAGCCUCCCCCGGCCCAGUUCUGCUCCUGCUCGCAGAGCACCUCCUUCUUCUGGAGACACAGCACCCCCAGCCAGGCCCCACACCCCCAUGAGUCGCAUCGAUGUCCGGCCUCCCCUGGAUAUUGGUCCCCAGCGCCAGACCCUCUCCCGGCCACCCACUCCCCGCCGAGGACUUGCCUCUGAGGCUGGAGGAGGAAGACCCCCUCGGAGUCCCCAACACUGGAGUCAGGAGACCAGAACACAGGCUCCCUCUGGCACCUCAACAUAUCUCCAGCUUCCCCCGAAACCUCCUAGCACCCGCACUUCCAUGGUUUUAUUGCCGGGUCCCCCGUUGGACUCACCUUUCCACCAAAGCUUGGAGACAGAUUCCCUGUUGAACAAGCUGUGUGGGCAGGAUCGGCUCCUCAGGAGGCUGCAGGAGGAGAUAGACCAGAGGCAGGAGGAGAAGGAGCAGCUAGAAGCAGCCCUGGAGUUGACCCGGCAGCAGAUGGGCCAAACAACCAGGGAGGCUGCAGUUCCUGGCAGGGCCUGGGGACGACAGCGCUUCCUACAGGACCGGCUGGUCAGCGUGAGGGCCACCCUCUGUCACCUGACCCAGGAGAGAGAGCGGGUCUGGGACACGUACAGCGGCCUGGAGCAGGAGCUGGGCACCUUGAGAGAGACCCUUGAGUACCUGCUGCACCUUGGGGCCCCCCAGGACAGAGCAUCUGCUCAGCAGCAGCUGUGGAUGGUGGAAGACACACUGGCCGGUCUGGGGGGUCCCCAGAAACCACCCACACACACUGAGCCUGACUCCCCAUCCCCUGCACUCCAAAUCGAGGAAUCCUCAGAGAGGGAGAGCCUGCCUGAGUCUCUGGAACUGAGCUCAUCUCGGUCCCCCGAGGCUGACUGGGGGCGGCCCCCGGCGGGUAACAGAGACCUGGCCAGUCCUCCUUCAGGUCUUGGGUCUCCAAGAGUCUCUCGUGCUUCCAGCCCUGAGGGCCGCCGUCUUCCUUCCCCCCAGCCAGGAACCAAGGCUCCCCUGGCCCGUCCCCGGAUGAGUGCCCAGGAGCAGCUGGAGAGGAUGCGAAGAAACCAGGAGUGUGGGCGGCCUCUUCCUCGCCCAGCCUCCCCUGGGCGCCUCACCCUGGGGAGGACACUGACCCCCGCCAGAUGCCAUCCUGACACCGACCAGAGGCCUGCCCUUGGCUACUCAGGAGCCCAGAAAUUUCUCAGAAGCUCAGGGUCCUGGAGCAGUCCAAGGAACGCCACCCCGUAUUUGCCGACGUCCGAAGGUCACCGGGAGCGAGUCCUGAGCCUCUCUCACGCCCUGGCCACGGAGGCGUCGCAGUGGCACAAAAUGAUGACAGGUGGGCCUGCGGACUCCCGAGCGGACCCUCUCCCUCCUGCGCCGCCCGCGUCUGAUCCCGCGCCCCAGGUGACCUCGCCCCCCAGGUCUCCCGCCCUGGCCAAUUCCGGCUCCACCGCGUUCUCCCGCCCAGGCAGUGGGCGUGGCCCGGGCCCCGCCCCCUGGGAGAGCACGUGGGCCUCGGGGCCCGCCCCUCCCGCCCUGACCCCGGACGAGGGGGCGUGGCCUCUGCGCGUCACUCUGCUGCAGUCCAGCUUCUGACCAGCCAAUCGG